UGUCUUCUUCGCUCAACGCUCUGUUCACUCUUCAUUUCUCUGUCCAGCUCGUCUGCUUAUAACAAUGGCGCACGUUACUCAACUUCCCUGCGACUGUGAUGGUGUCUGUAUGAUCUGCAAGGCGAUGCCGGCGGACGAAGAGAAGUUGACGUGCAAAACCUGCUUGACCCAAUGGCAUGUUAGCUGUCUCUCCAAUCCUCUGGCCACCAUGGCGGAGGCGGUUCAGUGGGAAUGCCCCGAUUGUUCUACUCCGCCCUCCGAUAUUCCUCCUAUGACUAUUGGCAAAGCCGUAGUCGACGGCUCUGGCGACUUGAUGGCUGCGAUACGGGCGAUCGAGGCUGACGCUUCUCUAAUGGAGCGGGAGAAGGCCAAGAAGCGUCAGAAACUCUUGAGUGGAAAGGCCGCGUCGGAAGACGACGAAGGUGGCUUGGAGAAGGCAGAAGGCCAAGGGAAUGAUGUGUUGGAUAUUCUCAGCGGGACUUUAAACUGUUCCUUCUGUAUGCUGCUACCCGAGAGGCCCGUCACGACACCUUGCGGGCACAAUUUCUGUCUAAAAUGCUUCCAGAAAUGGAUUGGGCAAGGAAAACUAACAUGUGCAAAGUGCCGUAGCAAUAUCCCCUCCAAAAUGGCAAGCCAGCCUCGUAUAAAUUCUGCAUUAGUUAUUGCUAUUCGUAUGGCAAAAGUAUCCAAUAACAUUGGUUCUGGAGAAAUUUCUAAGGCUUACCAUUUUGUGCAUAACCAAGAUAGACCAGAGAAGGCAUAUACAACAGAGCGGGCCCGGAGGAAUGGAAAAGCAAAUGCAGCAAGUGGAAAGAUUUUUGUAACUGUGCCUCAGGAUCAUUUUGGUCCAAUCCCCGCUGAGAAUGAUCCAGUGAGGAAUCAAGGUGUGCUGGUUGGCGCAUGUUGGGAAGAUAGGCUUGAAUGCCGACAAUGGGGUGUCCACUUCCCUCAUGUUAGUGGUAUCGCUGGACAGUCAAACUAUGGUGCGCAGUCAGUAGUUCUUUCUGGCGGUUAUGUUGAUGAUGAGGAUCAUGGGGAAUACUUUCUUUACACAGGAAGUGGCGGUAGAGACCUGAGCGGUAAUAGAAGAACGAACAGAGUGCAAUCGUUUGAUCAAAAGUUUGAUAAGUCUAAUUUAGCUCUCGAAGUCAGCUGUUUAAAAGGUUAUCCGGUUCGAGUGGUGAGAUCUCACAAAGAUAAACACUCUUCCUAUGCCCCCGAGAAAGGGUUACGGUAUGACGGUGUGUAUAGAAUCGAGAAGUGCUGGCAAAAAUUGGGAUUGCAGGGAUUCAAAGUUUGCCGAUAUUUAUUUGUUAGAUGUGAUAAUGAACCUGCUCCAUGGACGAGUGAUUGUCAUGGUGAUCGCCCGAGACACUUGCCAGAAAUUUCCGAGAUGGAAAAGGCUAUCGGCAUAAUUGAACGAAAGGAGAAUCCAUCAUGGGAUUUUGACGAGGAAGAAUCUUGCUGGAAGUGGAAGAAACCACCACCACGCAGUCAAAGGCCCGUAAAAAAUAUGAAUCCCGGGGAGGGAAAAAGGUCGAGGAGAGAGACAAGAAAAACCCAAAAUAUGUCAAUCGGGGAAAGAUUGCUGAAAGAAUUUGGUUGCCCUAUUUGCAACCAAGUUAUGGUUUCUCCAGUUACGACACCCUGUGCUCAUAAUUUCUGCAAGUCGUGCUUGGAGGGGGCAUUCGCGGGUCAGUCUUUUGUGACAGACAGAAGCCGGGGUGGAAGAUCACUUCGGUCUCGAAAAAAUGUGAUGAAAUGUCCUUCUUGCCCCACUGACAUCGCUGAUUUUCUUCAGAACCUCCAGGUUAAUACGGAGUUGAAGGGUGUAAUUGAAUCGCUGAAAGCUGAAGCUGAAGAAAAUGGAGAUUCGGUGGAGCCCAGUGAGGAUGCAGAUGGAGCAGAGGAAGCCUGUGAUGAUACGGGUUCUGCUUCAGCUGGGGAUGAGGAAGAGGAAACGUCAGUUGAGAAGCAUAAGGAUUUGGUUGGGGGAUCCGAUGCCCAGCAAAUACAGUCCAAAGAACUUGAAGUGAAUGAGAAGGCAGAUGCUGGAGGCAAUGGCAGUGGUAAAAGGAAGAGAGACGACGCUGAAGAAGUUUCCAUGAAAAGGAAUAGAAGAAGCUGCAAUGCUGAGGUUGAAAGAAAUGGUUCGCCGUCAAGUCCUCUGCAUUUGCCGUCAGACUAUUAAUUAUGGAGUCAGAUUUGACGGGCAUCUGGAUUAUAUGGUUUCCGUUUUUUGGGAAUACAAGGUCAU